CUUCAAUAUCCAUCUCCCACCCAAUUAGGAAGUGACAAUGUACCAAGAAGCCGCACUUCUCUUAGCGCUACUCUGCGUUUCUUCUAAUGUCGCUGUGUCGGCUCCAAUCCGCGACGGUUUAUUACCAAACGGUAAUUUCGAGAUAGGUCCUAAACCGUCCCAACUGAAAGGAUCUGUUGUUAAGGAACGAAACGCCGUGGCUCACUGGGACAUGACCGGCUUCGUGGAAUACAUCAAAGCUGGUCAGAAACAAGACGACAUGGUUUUGGUCGUACCGGAAGGCUCCUCCGCGGUCAGGUUAGGCAACGAGGCCUCAAUCUCCCAGAAAAUAUCCGUCCGAUCAGGCCGUCUAUACUCGAUUACGUUCAGCGCCGCUCGAACUUGCGCUCAGGACGAGCGGCUAAACAUCUCCGUCACGCACGAGUCCGGUGUCAUCCCUAUCCAGACUAUGUACGGUAGCGAUGGCUGGGACUCGUACUCUUGGGCUUUUAAAGCUGGUGGACCCCAAAUCGUGAUCCGGAUCCAUAACCCGGGUCAUGAGGAGCACCCGGCUUGUGGUCCGUUGAUCGAUGCCGUUGCUAUCAAGGCUUUGUUCCCUCCCAGAUUCUCCGGAUAUAAUCUGAUAAAGAACGGGAACUUCGAGGAAGGACCUUACGUGUUUCCCACGGCAAAGUGGGGAGUACUGAUACCACCUUUCAUCGAGGACGAUAACAGCCCUUUGCCUGGAUGGAUUAUCGAGUCUCUCAAGGCCGUUAAGUACGUGGACAAGGCACACUUCUUCGUCCCUGAGGGACACAGAGCCAUCGAGCUUGUUGGAGGCAAAGAGAGUGCCGUUUCUCAGAUCGUGAGGACGUCACCCAACAAAUUCUACGCCCUCACUUUCAACGUUGGAGACGCCAGGGACGCUUGCGAGGGACCCAUGGCAGUGGAGGCGUUCGCUGGACGGGGAAACACCCUGGUGGACUACAUGUCUAAGGGGAAAGGCGGGUUUAAACAGGGAAGGCUUGUGUUCAAGGCGGUGUCGGCCAGGACUCGAGUCACUUUCCUCAGCACGUUUUACCAUAUGAAGAAUGAUCACUCUGGCUCGCUAUGUGGUCCGGUCGUCGACGACGUAAGGCUGGUGGCGGUUAAGACACUCCCAGGUUGA